AUGGAGAUAAAUCAUGUUGUACAUAUUAGAAUGAUCGAUCACAUAAAAAACGUUUUUCAAGUCCAUUUGAGUCGCCUUGCUCGUGGUUAAACCCCAAUUCCCGAGUCCACUUUUUUCUCCGUAAUUAAAGAUACAAUUGAGGGUAAAAUUGGACUCAUAAACCUAAGUACUGUGUUCUAUGAUUUAUGACGACCCGUAUGUAUGUAUAUAUACUGCCUCACUUGAAAAAAAAAAAAUCAUCCCGCUUGCACCCAAAGCCUCAAGCUUGCAUUUUCGGUCACCGGACAACUGGGGAAGCCGGGCCUGCCUGCUGCUAAACUAUUAGACUCCCACACCUGAAACCACCACCCACCAGAUGAACCCCACCUCAAAACCCCUACUGCCGUCCUCCGACUCCUCCACCGCCAAGACUGAUGAUCAAGGCGGUGCUACCCCCAACUUUUCCAUGUUGCACCCCGACAUCAUUGAAUCUCACAUCCUCACCCGCCUUGACGGGCCCAGUCUCGCCACAACCAGCUGUUCCUCCGCAACUCUCCACCGCCUCUCCGCCCAAGAACACCUGUGGUCUCAAAUAUGCCGCUCGACGUGGCCCUCAACCGCCUUGCCACGUGUCUCCCGACUCAUUUCCGCAUUCCCCGACGGCGGCCCUCGCGCCUUCUUCGCAAACUCCUUCCCUCUCCCUCUACCGGACCCCACUCCCGCCGCUUCACGCUCACCGCAGCCGUCGGAAUUGAUCUCGGCGGUCGAUAUAUACUACAGGAGCGAGUUAAUCCUCGCAAAGGUUGAGGAGACGGAGACCGUGACCGGGUGGUUCCGGUGCUCUCCUUUUAGAAUUGACCUGCUGGAACCCAAGGACGUGGUCCCCGCACCAAUAAAACACCCGGAGGGAGACAACGACAGCGGGACGUCCCUGAUGGAAGACAUGACGCUGAGCUGGAUUUUGAUAGACCCAGCCGGGAGGCGAGCGGUGAACUUGUCAUCCCACAAGCCCGUUGCGGUGCAGCGGCACUGGUUGAGCGGGGAGGUGCAGUUGCGGUUUGCGUCAAUCCUGGUGGGUGAUCAUAAGGGGCCGGCGAGGGGUCACGUGCAGUGCGGGGUGGUGGUGACGUGCGGGAAGUUGGAGGGAGGGGGGAUGCGGGUGAGGGAGGUGAGCAUGGAGAUGGAGGACAUGGACGGGAUGCACUUGAAUGGGAAGGACAGCCUGGUCAUUUUGCACAGGGCUCUGGAGGGCAAAAGGGGAAAAGCGAGAAAUAGAGGAGAGGAAGGGAGGAGGAGGUACGAGGAGUACGUGGGAAUGAAGAGUGAAAGAAAAGAGCGAAAGAUGAGGUCAGAAGGGGCAUUGGAUGUAAUGUGCGUGGCUUCUGGGGUAAUUGCAUUCGUGGCCUUUUGGUGCUGCGUUUGGUGGAGAUGAUACUACUCUCUACUAACAAACAACUGAUCAUCCAUCUCAAAUAUAGGAUAAUACUAGCGUUAGUGUGUGUGUGUCAGUGUGUGUGUGUGUGUGUGUGUGUGUGUGUGUGUGUAGAGAGAGAGAGAGAGAGGGAGAGGGAGAAAUUUAGAUUGGUAAUUGAGAAAAAGAAAGGAUAAAUAGUAGUACUAGUAGAGUCCUAAAAGGAAGGAAGGAAGGAAGGAAGGAAGGAAGGAAGGAAAGAAGGAAGAAUUCCAAAUUGCAAAUACGUUGUUAGCUUUUUGUUUGUAAUUGUACAGAGGAGGUGGCGGGCAAUAGGGAUGAGGAGAUCAAAUACUGUACUGUGUUUGUGUAAGGCGGAACGUUGGAUCAAAAGCGAAAAUUGGAAGGAAUGAAUCCAAAGCUGAAGAGGAGCUUCAGGGUAGGAAAGGAUGUUUACCUAAAGAUCUUGCAAGAUGGUAACACUACUUACUAUAUGUUCAAUGAAAAGUUGAGCGGGUAAAAGAGAGAGGCGCUGUGAUGAUUCUUUACCAUCCCUUUCUUUUUCUCUUGGCUACAAAAUCAAAAGAGGAGAGACGAAGUCUGUAAUUAAAAGAAACAGCAGUAAACCCACCCGUCUGUGUCUGUCUGUGUAUAGGAGGAAGGGAAGGAGCAUGAAUGCUGGCUGCAUCAUCUUCUUCACCAGUGACUCACCGCACACAAAUAUGAUUAUGAUUAUGAUUAUGAAUAUGAAUGCGCCUCUCCUCCGACC